AUGGCUCCACCUUUACGUCCCCUCGCUCUGGUCCGCACCGAAGACGCCUCUUCCAUCUUCGCAUCUGCCCACAGUUUCCUUACAGACAUAUGGGGCUCGCAUCGCGGUGCCGCUCCCAAUACCCUUGCUGCGAGGCACAUCGAUACUUAUACCGACCUUCCCCUCAGCAAGAGUCCCUCUGGGCAAGCAUAUAUAGUGUUUUGGGCUAUUGUCGCGUUCCAGUUGGUUCUGAUUAUCGGAACAUGCGUCGGUCUCCGUAUAAUGAAGAAGCGAGAGAUCAGGGAGAUCCGUAAGAUUCGCCAGGAGAUGAGCCAGCAGAAGCCGAAAAGGUUUGAGGUUGGGGAUUAUAUGGUCUGGCAUAUUUGUGAUUCAAUAGACGACGAGAUCGUGGCCCAUAAGUCAUUGACACUUCAGGCAAUGACUACCACGCCGCCGCCUGGGAUAUUCAAAAAUUGA